AUGGGGACGCCGGGGGAGGGGCUGGGUCGCUGCUCCCAUGCCCUGAUCCGGGGGGUCCCAGAAAGCCUGGCGUCCGGGGAGGGUGCUGGGGCUGGCCUUCCGGCUCUGGAUCUGGCCAAAGCUCAAAGGGAGCACGGGGUGUUGGGGGGUAAACUGAGGCAGCGACUGGGACUGCAGCUGCUGGAACUGCCUCCUGAGGAGUCGCUGCCGCUAGGACCGCUGCUCGGGGACACGGCCGUGAUCCAAGGGGACACGGCCCUAAUCACACGGCCCUGGAGCCCCGCCCGCAGGCCGGAGGUCGAUGGAGUCCGCAAAGCCCUCCAGGACCUGGGGCUCCGAAUUGUGGAGAUGGGUGACGAGAACGCAACGCUGGAUGGCACCGACGUUCUCUUCACUGGCCGGGAGUUUUUCGUAGGCCUCUCCAAGUGGACCAAUCACCGAGGAGCUGAGAUCGUGGCGGACACGUUCCGGGACUUCGCAGUCUCCACUGUGCCGGUUUCGGGCUCCUCCCACCUGCGCGGCCUCUGCGGCAUGGGGGGACCCCGCACUGUGGUGGCAGGCAGUAGUGAUGCUGCCCAAAAGGCUGUCAGGGCAAUGGCAGUGCUGACAGAUCACCCAUACGCCUCCCUGACCCUCCCAGAUGAUGCAGCCGCUGACUGUCUCUUUCUUCGUCCCGGGUUGCCCGGUGCGCCGCCUUUCCUUCUGCACCGUGGAGGUGGGGACCUGCCCAACAGCCAGGAGGCACUGCAGAAGCUCUCUGACAUCACCCUGGUACCUGUGUCCUGCUCUGAACUGGAGAAGGCUGGUGCUGGGCUCAGCUCCCUCUGCCUGGUGCUCAGCACACGCCCCCACAGCUAAGGGCCUGGCCUUGGGAUCCUCGCUGGCCAGGGGCAGGGCAGCAUAGAUAGUAGAAGGGGAAGGAGGAUUAGAUAGAAGACGGUGAGUAGGUAGUAGUGGGGAGAGGGCCCCAAGAAGGGGGAGGGCAUAAUGUGGGAAAAAGGAUGGGGCCACUGGGCUAGUACUGUCUCAGAACCAAUAAAAUAGA